CUCAGUCUCACCGCUGACAUGAGCGCGGGCGCGUCAAUAUACACACAGAGAGCGGAGCGGCGCUUUGGGUACAGUGGUGCUCCACAGCGGAGAGAAUCCAGGCAGGCGCAGCUAGACACCUUCACGCACCGAGCGCAGAGGUUUGAUUGCGGCGCAGUUUGUGUGGCGGCCGGGGACCCGAUCUUUUAAAACCAUGCUGGAUUGACUGCAGAGAGGCAACUACAAUCAAUGGCUUGGCUUUGAAAUCGUUCAAAAUUUAUUGGAAAGGAGCGUGAGAUAGAGCGACAGUGAGAGAGAGAGAGGGAGCGAGAAGAGAGAGGGAGAGAGCGAGAGUGGCGAGAGGGGUGGAAAUAAAGAUCCUUUCAACAAUGGAGCUUACAAUGGAAAACAUUGGAAAUCUGCACGGUGUACCUCACUCCCAUCAAACGAGCGACUUAAUGAACUCCGCACACGCGCGCCAGUCGUCGGCGUCGCAUCGGAACUUGGUGUCGCACGGACGGUCAGCGAUGGUGUCCAGCAUGGCCUCGAUACUAGAGGGAGCGGGGGACUACCGCACGGACCACGCUCUGUCCGGCCCCCUGCAUCCGGCCAUGACCAUGUCGUGCGACUCCGGGAUGAGCCUGAGCAGCACCUACACCACGCUGACGCCGCUGCAGCACCUGCCCCCCAUAUCCACCGUCUCCGAGAAAUUUCACCAUCCGCACCCGCACGCUCACGCUCACCAUCACCCGGCGCACCAGCGACUCGCGGCCGGGAAUGUCAGCGGCAGCUUCACCCUGAUGAGGGACGACCGAAGCCUCGCCUCCAUGAGUAACCUGUACGGCCACUACCCCAAAGACAUGUCCGGCAUGGGGCAGCCCCUGUCCCCUCUGUCUAACGGUCUGGGGUCUUUGCACAGCUCCCAGCAGACUCUCAGCGCCUACGGCCCCGGAGCUCACCUGUCCAACGACAAGAUGCUCUCCUCUGGGGGCUUUGAGUCCCACGCAGCCAUGCUGUCCCGGGGCGAGGAGCACCUGGCCCGGGGUCUCGGGGGCCACGGGGCCGGGCUCAUGACAUCCUUGAAUGGCAUCCACCAUCACAGCCAUCCGCACUCUCAGGCAAACGGGUCCAUGCUGUCAGACCGGGACAGGCAGACGGUGGUGGGAGGCGGGCAGGGAGCCGGGUCAGGGCAGGUGGAGGAGAUAAACACCAAGGAGGUUGCGCAGCGAAUAACAGCGGAGCUCAAGCGCUACAGCAUCCCCCAGGCCAUCUUUGCUCAGAGGAUCUUGUGCCGGUCCCAGGGAACUCUGUCCGACCUGCUGCGGAAUCCUAAACCGUGGAGUAAACUCAAGUCUGGCCGGGAGACGUUCAGGAGGAUGUGGAAGUGGCUGCAGGAGCCCGAGUUCCAGCGGAUGUCAGCGCUUAGGCUUGCAGGUGAGUGA